AUGCGCAAACCAGCCAGGUUUUUCAGCCUGGCCAAACCUAAACUGCGACAGUCAUGGAACAAGUAUAACAUGUACAACAUCUACCGCAACGCCGCCAGAGAACCAAUCAUCAGGGGUACGCCUACCUUCUUCCAGCAGAAAUGGGGCGCGAAAUCGAGAGCUCGUGCGUACCACGGCGAGCACAUUCCCGAAAAGAAAUGGGUGCGCCUCUUCUCGCCACGCCUCCUAUCGGCAGUCGACAUGCCUCCUGAAUAUCUAGCCGCGCACGAUGGCUCUGAGCAGGCAGCCGGUCGCGGCUCAGGCUUGAGCACUUUGGAUGUUGACGCGCAGAGUUAUUCGCGGGUACCAGUACCUGUUGUCAAGCAGGAUAAGCUUGUAUCGCCCAACGAUCUCAUCUCCAAACAAUAUCACGACAUGACUCCUUACAUGCAAAUGACGUUUGCCCCUCUCGAGAGAAGACUAGAUACGGCUAUAUUCCGCGCCAUGUUUGCGACGAGCGUGCGACAGGCACGCCAGUUUGUUCUGCAUGGUGCAGUCAAGGUCAAUGGCAAAAAGUUACUACAUCCUUCAUACCAACUGAACCCGGGUGAUAUGUUCCAAGUCGACAUCGAAAAGGUCAUGUACGCCACGGGGGUGCAGAAAUCCAACAAGAAUAGUUGGCCUGGGUUGGAAGAGAAGCUUGCAUCUAGAAAGAGAAUUUCCGAACGCAAUCACGCUGCCCAGGCUGGAAAGCAUGCGCCCAUCGCAGAGGACCAAGGGGAAGGUGAAGCUGCGGCCGAAGCUGCGACUGAAGCUUCUGCUGAUGAGGGAGACGUUACCGAAGGCGAGGCUGCAUUGCCAGAGCUGUCUGAGGAAGCCGAACAAGGCUGGCAACGAAAUGAAUUGAAGGCAUUCCUGCGACGCUGCAAGGCCGUUUUGGCGUCAGAGGCCAAGAAUCUAUCUGCCACAGAAAAGCAGAAUCUGCGCCUGCUUCGAUCGGAUGCGAAACGACUGUUGUCACGCCCUCAGGACAGUGAACUAGACGUUGCGGAGCUGAUGCAGGAGCUUCAGCUUGUUAUCAAGAACCAGGAAGUUUUGGCUCAGUUAGACACGAAGCACACAGCUACACAAGCGUCGGCCACGGAGGGUGGCAAGACAGCCGAGGAGCCGCAGUUUAAUCGAGAAAAGCAAUAUCGUCAGACUCUUGAUGGGCUGUCAGAGGAGCAAAAGGAGCGGGCAAAGGAGAUUGUGGGCACGGCGCGACUAUCCAACGACGAGAUGCGCAAGCUCAAGGCGCUGUUACUGGCCGACGAGGAAAAUCCCGUGGACGAGAAGAAGCCCCGUCUAUCUACGCCACCCGGUAGCGAGAAAGGGGCGGGCCGAGGUGCCGACACCGUUCAGCUACCUGACAAACCAGCUGGUUCACAACUGGUAUCUGCAGCGUGGUUGUAUGUUUGGUGUACCAAGUACGACGAUGUUGGGUGGACAUGGGAUGAGUGGCCGGAACGAGCGGCUCAGGCCGAUGAGGCAGCGGGAAACUAA